AUGAACAUUGUGAAGGUUGUUGCAAUUCUUGCUGUCAUUCAAUUGUUGGUGCAGCCUGGACAGGCCAUCACUUGCGGUCAAGUGGACGCGGCUUUGGCACCGUGCAUUCCCUAUCUUACUGGAGGUGGUGAGCCAUCCGGCGCCUGCUGUGGUGGGGUGAAAGCCAUCCAAGGGAUGGCUCAAACCACCGCUGACAAGAGGGCUUGCUGCACCUGUGUUAAGGCGGCUGCCAAUCGCUAUGCAAACUUGAAGGAUGACGCGGCUCAGGCUCUGCCUAUGAAGUGUGGUGUCUCAAUGGACAUUCCUGUCUCCCGAAGUGUCAACUGUGAAAUGUCAGUUCUUCCAUUUUAUAUUCUUUAGUUAUGGCCAUAUCGUGUAUGAUGCCUUCGUUACAAUUGCAUC